AUGAAAAACCUCAGAUAUUGUUUCACUUGGGCAUUUAUCAUUAUCUUCAUUUACGUAAAUGUACUUGUCACUCCAUAUCUCACUCAUGCAGAAGGAUUUGAUUCUGUCAUCCAGCGCCCACGUUCCAGGUUGAGAAGAACCCGAACUAGAUCUAAAUGGGUUCUUUAUGUCGGUGAUUAUGGUGCAAAAGGGGAUGGCCUUCACAAUGAUACCGAGGCCUUUUUGGAGGCUUGGGGGAUCGCUUGUUCUCUCGCUGGAUUUAUAAAUGUGGUUUUUCCAUUUGGGAAAACUUUUCUGGUCCAUCCUGUUGACAUUGGUGGGCAUUGUCGAUCUAAGAUUACUUUGACGAUAUCAGGUACAAUAGUUGCACCGCAAGAUCCUGUGGUGUGGCUUGGUUUAAAUCAACGCAAAUGGCUUUACUUCCAUGGGGUGAAUCACCUCACUGUUGAAGGUGGAGGGACUAUCGAUGGAAUGGGACAGGAAUGGUGGGCCAGAUCUUGCAAGAUCAACUCCACAAAUCCGUGUCAUCCUGCUCCAACGGCCCUGACUUUUCAUAGAUGCAAGAAUCUAAAAGUCAGAAAUCUCAUGCUGAUAAAUAGCCAAAAAAUGCACUUGUCAUUCACUAACUGUAUGCGGGUUGUUGCAUCCCAUCUCAAAGUAUUAGCACCUGCUUCCAGCCCAAAUACUGAUGGAAUCCACAUUAGUGCAACAAAGGGAGUUGAGGUCAGGAAUAGUGUAAUUAGAACAGGUGAUGACUGCAUUUCAAUAGUCAGAAAUUCUUCACGGGUCUGGAUCAGAAACAUCUCUUGUGGUCCUGGCCAUGGCAUAAGCAUCGGUAGCUUGGGAAAAGAAAACAAAUGGGAGACGGUGCAAAAUGUUAUUGUCGAUGGAGCUUAUCUUUACAACACAGAUAAUGGGUUGAGGAUCAAAACUUGGCAGGGCGGUAGUGGUUUGGCCUCCAAGAUCACAUUCCAGAAUAUCUGGAUGGAAAAUGUUUCUAAUCCAAUAAUAAUAGAUCAAUUCUACUGUGAUUCGCGAAAUCCAUGUGAAAACCAGACUUCGGCUGUCAGAGUGGAGAAUAUAUCUUUCAUUGAUAUCCAAGGAACUUCAGCCAGCGAUGAAGCAAUAAAAUUUGCUUGCAGUGAUGCUUCUCCAUGUGAAGGAUUAUAUCUUGAAAAUAUAUUUCUUGUAUCAUGCUUCGGAGGAAAUACUAGCUCUUUCUGCUGGCAAGCUCACGGUUCUGCUCGGGGUUUCUUGUAUCCUCCUCCAUGUUUCUCAUUCACUGAUGAUUUUAUUAGACAAAAUGUCUUGGUAGAUUCAAAUCCUGCUAUUCAUUCCGUUUGA